CAGGACGUAGUGAAUUAUUCUUAGAAGGAAUACAUAAACUCUUCCGCCGCGAGAUCCGAUUGAUUGAAUUCAUUGUUCAAUCAUUGUUCAAUCUCCAGAAGGAAGCAGCUGGAAAAGCGAUGAAAGCGUGGCGAGUUCGGUUUCUGUACUUUCUGGUGUUGAAUGCAGCUGUGCAGUAUGUGACGUCUCUGGAAGAAGAGCUCACCGAUUCUAUUUUUGAUAACUUCCUCGACCCCCUGAAAGACUUGUUUGAACACAAAGAUGACAGCAAUCAAACUGUCGCCAAAUUCUCCCUCCGCAAACCAUCCCAUCCCGAUGAUGACCUGUGUUACAUCGUUCCCGGCAAACCCGACUCCCUGGCAGCCUGCACCUUCAACAGCACCUCCAAGACCUUCCUGGUAAUCCACGGAUGGACGUUGAGUGGGAUGUUUGAAAGCUGGGUGGCGAAGCUGGUUUCAGCGCUGUACGACAGAGAGCAGACGGCCAACGUCAUCGUGGUGGACUGGCUCACCUCGGCACAGAACCACUAUGUGGUCGCAGCUCAGAACACCAAAGAAGUGGGACACGAGAUCGCUCGCUUCAUUGACUGGAUCGAGGAAACCACCAACAUGCCUCUAGAGAACAUCCACCUGAUUGGCUACAGCCUCGGGGCUCACGUGGCAGGAUUUGCUGGAAGCCACGCAACCAAUAAAGUUGGAAGAAUAACUGGUCUGGACCCAGCUGGUCCUGACUUUGAGGGACAGCAUGCCCACAGGCGUCUGUCCCCUGACGACGCUCAUUUUGUGGACGUCCUCCACACCUUCACGCGGGGCUCCCUGGGUCUCAGCAUCGGGAUCCAGCAGCCUGUCGGCCACAUUGACAUUUACCCCAACGGAGGCAGCUUCCAGCCAGGCUGCAACCUCAGGGGGGCCCUGGAGAAGAUCGCCAACUUCGGGUUAUUCGCUAUUACUGAUGCAGUGAAGUGUGAACACGAACGCUCGGUCCACCUGUUCAUCGACUCUCUACUGAACAAGCGGGAAGCAGCCAAGGCCUACAGAUGCGGCAGCAAUGACAUGUUUGACCGCGGCAUGUGUCUCAGUUGCCGAAAAAGCCGCUGCAACGCAGUGGGCUACGACAUCAGCAAGGUCCGCAAGGCACGCAACGUUCAGAUGUACACCAGGACUCGAGCCUCCAUGCCUUUCAGAGUUUACCACUUUCAGCUGAAGAUCCACUUCUCCAGUAAGGUGAAUCGUUCAGAGAUGGAGCCGUCACUCACUGUCUCACUGUACGGAACAAAAGGAGAGACUGAAAACCUGGAGCUUAAACUAAAGGAGAAGAUAGCGACGAAUAAGACCCAUUCAUUCCUGCUGGUGACAGAGGAAGAUAUCGGAGAUCUGCUGAUGUUGAAGUUUAAAUGGGAGGAGACAAAUGGUUGGUCAGCCUCCAACAUGUUGAAGAUGGUUUCCUCUUGGUGGUCCGGUGACUCAGACAGCGCCAACAUGGAGGUUCACAAGAUCCGCAUCCGAGCUGGCGAGACCCAACAAAAGAUGGUGUUCUGUGUAAAAGACCAUGAAGCUCAGAAAUUAACACAAGAGGUCACAUUUGUUAAAUGUAAGGAUGCAUGGAGGCCAAACACGAAACACACUCCGAAAAGAAUAACUCUGGAGAAACACUGACCUCGGAGAAGAGAAUCCACCGUUGAAGUCCAUUUCUGCACUUUUUAAUUUAUACACCUGUAAAAGUACAUUUGUUAUUUAAAAAAAAAUGUGUAUGAAUCCUGUAAAAUAUUUAUGUUAAGAACAUUUUGUUUUUAUGAUACUAACUGUAACUUUAUUGUUACACAAAAAAAGUAAAUGCUGUGGUCUUUGGUGCGUGUUCUGUAUUCAAAGAGAUGGAUACUAGUGAGAGCCUCACAUACUGAGAGGUGUGACUGACUGGAUUUACCUUAAUAGUUCUGAAGGUACUGACGUCCCAUUGUGUAAAAUACUUCAAGUUAAAUUUCAUAUAGCGGCCACUGUGAAGAAUAACAUCUUCUUUGAGUUCAUGGAGGUCUGCAGGCACUUCUCAAAAAGAAGGCAAAAUAGCAGUUAAGAUGACUUUCUUAAGGUUUUUUUGCAAUAGGGUACAGUUUAUUUAUGUAUUAUCUAACUGACCGAGCAUUCACCACUGUGGCUCACUGCACUGUAUGUGACUGUGGGUCCUGUAACAGUGUGCCUUACUGUAGACUGCCGCCAGAAGUAAGCAGCUGCAAAGUGAACUUGUCUUAACUUUGUUGCUGUUUUUCUGCUCAGUGUACUUUACUAUUGUUAUUCUAUUAACUUUUUUAAACAUCUGAACUUUCAAAAGUUGUUUUAAACACUUAUUGUCACAUCUACACCUCUGUGAAAUGACACUUUGAAGCUGUUACCUCAAAUAUGCUCCUGACAUUUUGUCUGUCAUAGUUCUAUUAAAGUUCUAUUGAGGCUCAGUGUGAGUUAGAAAACAGUGUUUCUCUAUGUAGUCUAUCACAGGCCUCUCUUGACUGCAGUUUUCUUCUGGGAGCAAAAUCUAAACCUUGGCUCGUUUGCGAUCGGUACUGUGAUCAUCGUGACUUCAUCUCCGCCUACUUUAGCAAUAUAGAAACGUUUUUUGCACUGACAACAGGGGAGAUUGCGAAACCUAGUUACUUGUAGAGUUAUGUAAAUACCUUAAUACAGACGUUUAAUUUUGUUGUAUGGAACACUGUCAGUUAUAUAUUUUUACGUCUGGAUGAAUUUAAUCCGUAAAAUGUGCAUUUAUAUCAAUGCAUUUUGUACAUAUUUGUAAAUAGUCACUGUACUGUAUAAAUUCUUUAAUAAACCAAAACUGCCACCUGGGUGGUCACCCUGA